GUGGCGGCCGCGAUGGCGUCGCUGUUCGGCGGCGUGGAGGGCGGGGGCACCCACUCCAGGGUGGUGCUGGUGUCUGGAGAUGGGCAGAUCCUGGCCGAGACAGAGGGACCCUGCACGAACCACUGGCUCAUCGGCUCCGAGAAGUGCCUGGAGAGGAUCGAGCGCAUGGUCAGCGAGGCCAAGAGCAAGGCGGGGGCCGACCCCCAGGUCCCCCUGCGCUCCCUGGGGCUGUCCCUGAGCGGGGGGGACCAGCAGGACGCCAUCGGGAAGCUGACGGAGGAGCUGCACCGGCGCUUCCCCCACCUGAGCCAGAGCUACUUCAUCACCACCGACGCCGUGGGGGCCAUGGCCACGGCCACCGACCACGGGGGGAUCGUGCUGAUCUCGGGCACCGGCUCCAACUGCAAACUCAUCAACCCCGACGGCUCCGAGACCGGCUGCGGAGGAUGGGGGCACAUGAUGGGCGACGAAGGCUCCGCGUACUGGAUCGCCCACCAGGCCGUGAAGAUGGUGUUUGACUGCAUGGACAACCUGGAGGUGCCGCCCCACGACGUCGGAUACGUCAGGCAGGCCAUGUUCGACUACUUCCAGAUCUCGGACAGGAUGGGGCUCCUGACCCACCUCUACCGCACCUUCGAGAAGUCCAAGUUCGCGGGGUUUUGCCAGAAGCUGGCAGAGGGCGCCCAGGCCGGGGACCCUCUGUGCUGCCACAUCUUCACCAAGGCAGGCGAGGUGCUGGCGCGGCACGUGGUGGCCGUGCUGCCCAAGAUCGACCAGAGCCUGUUCCUGGGGGAGCUGGGGCUGCCCAUCGUGUGCGUGGGCUCCGUGUGGAACAGCUGGGAGCGGAUGCAGGCGGGGUUCAUCCAGGUGCUGGCCCAGGCCCGGGAUGCGGCCCCGGGCCGCGCGUUCUCCCGGUUCCGCCUCCUGCAGCUGACGCGGAUUCCCUACCCCAAGGAGCUCCUGCUUUCUCUGGACAGGGAUUUCUGA